GGAGGGAGCCCCAAGCUAGGAGAGCCGGGACAAUGAGACCAUAGAGAGGGAGGUUGUGGGGGCUGGAUGGGAGGAGGGUAGUGCCGCUCCCUCUGCGAAACUCUAUGGUGCCGGGCCCGGGAGCAGCAGCGCGAGCCGCUCUGCCCAGGCCCAGCCAUGGAGGUGAAGGCAGAGGUGCCCCGGCUGGAGUACAUCGCCGUCUCGCUGAAGUGCGAGGCAGAGGAACCUGUGCCAAUUGCAGCCUGUGCCCGGCUCUGUGCCCCCCUGGGCGACCUCGCCCCUGGGGUCAAGCUGGAGGAGGCUGACAAGGACCCUCUAGACAGAGGGGGAGCACCAGCAGAGGCAGGGCCUGGUAGGGCCUGGCAGCAGGAAUACUUAGUGGGAGACUGCCCGGGGCGCGGCGGGGCCGUGUGCAUGGUCUGUGGCACCUUCCUGGGCACCUGUGGGCCGAGCGCUGCCCGGGAACACGUUCUGCAGCACCACGCCCACUCAUUGGGCCUCAGCCCGGAGGAGAAGCGCAACAUUCUGGAGGCCUGGAGCCAGGGGGGCAACCUGCCCGAGGGGGCACCCCCACCCUGCACCCCAGGUCAGUACCAUGGGGCCAGGGAACCAGCCGAGAUUGAGGUUCUAAUUGACCCAGAGGAGCAGACGGUGACCCGGAAACGUGGGCAGCCCAGAGGGCGCCCUGCCCCCCGCCCAGAUGCUAGGGCCCUGGAGCCCGGGCAGCGCCCGCGGGGCCAGAGGAGACGACAGAGCGUGGGGCCUGUGGAGGGCAUGGCGUUACCAGCCAGGGAGCGAAGGAGCAAACAGCUGAGUGAGGGACAGGACAGGGGCACCGUGAGUCCAGGGACAACGUCCCCCUCGGAGGAGGCUGCCCCCAGCUCAGCACCCCCCGAAAUCCGCCUCUUCACUGAUGGUUCUUUCCCAGCUGGAUUCACGCUCAGGUUGUACUGCAGACCCCAGCCAGCCUCUGGAGGGAGAGAAAUAAGGAAGAAUCCAAGCAUCCAGGAACAGAAGAGCCCAGGGGACAGGGGCAAAACCCAGGCACUGGGGAAGAGACAGAAGCAGCUGGGCAAAGCAGGAACUGUGAGACGGGGCUCAGGGAACUCAGUUGGCAACUGCCCCGUCUCUGCGCUGCCCAGCCAGGAUCUGAACCCAGGUGUCCCCCGCCUCCGCCGCAAGGGCUACUCUCACCAUGGCAUCACCCGGCGCCUCCGCCUGAGCCCCAGUGCCGUCCGCUGCACCCUGCAGAGCUGGCGGGCGCGGGGCAAGGCCCCACCAGCGCCCUCCCCACCCCAGGCCAAGCCCUUUGAUCCGGCAUGGCGCGCCGACUUCCUGAUGGACUACGAUGCUGGUGCUGGCACCAUGGUGUGCAUGGUCUGCGAGUACUCACUGCUGCCUAUUCGACUGGGCACCGUCAUGCGCCACAUCCGCCAGUGCCAUGCCGAGACCCUGCACCUGCCUCGGGGUGUGCGCCGGGCCAUCCGUGAGGUGUGGGAGACCCGGGGACCCGUCCCCGCUCCACCCCAGCACGGGGCGCUGAAGGGGGAAUAGCGACACAGGGACCUGCCCCUGCUCCUCCCCAGCACAGGGCGCUGCAGGGGAAGGAGUGAGGCUGAGGGGGGAAGAGGGACCUGUCCCUGCUCCACCCCAGCAUGGGACGCUGCAGGGGAAGGAGUGAGGCUGAGGGGGGAAGAGGGACCUGCCCCUGCUCCACCCCAGCAUGGGGCGCUGAAGGGGGAAUAGCGACCCAGGGACCUGCCCCCGUUCCACCCCAGCACGGGGCGCUGCAAGGGAAGGAGUGAGGCUGAGGGGGGAAGAGGGACCUGUCCCCGCUCCACCCCAGCACAGGGCACCACAGGGGAGGCUGCCCACAUACUGCCUGGGGUGACCUGCAGGGGGGCAGGAGCAUCUUUGGGGGUGAGGUAGGACGCUCCCGAUCGACCCAGCUAUACAGGGACACUGAGAUGCACCCCCACCCUCCCCACUAUAGGUGUCCCCCACUCUAUGGAAAUGGCCUUUGAUCUCUGCCUCCUUUGUCCAGCAUUCCCCCUCCACUUCCUGGGGGGAUCCAGCGCCUCCUUGCCCCCCUGGCACUGUUCCCCUCGACAUACCUGUCCUUGUGCCCCUGCCAGUGGGGGCAGGGAGCGCUGGGGCACAGUGCCAACUGGCCCUCCCCAAGCUGCAUUAUAGCCCCAGCUGCAGGGGGCAGCAAACCCCUGUCUCCCCCACUCCACCCAUGCCUAGGCAGGGGUGUGAUGAAUGCCCCCUGCAGUUACCCAGAGCAGCCACACGAGGGCACCCCCACAGAAUGUAAAUAGAGCCAGGAGCAAUAAAUUAUUUUUGAUGAA